UUUCGAAACAUUUUGUGAUUGACGACUUGACGUUCUAAAACUAGAAAAUUAGGAAGGUAUAAGGAAAAGAAGGAACCCUAAUUCAUCUGCUUUUUCUCCGACUCACGUUCAACCGCCCAGCCCCUUCCUUGUCUCCGGUAGCAUCUCGAUGACAGUCCUUUGAGAUAAACGGCGGAUCGUACUCUCACUCACUCAGUUUCUGGAACUGAUUUGCUGAUUAAAAGGAGCGAUAUGUGUAUUAUUUGCGGAAUCAUCUUCUGAACAAUUCAUCCUAGGGAUAAGGUUGAAGAUGGAUAUAAUUUCCCAAUUGCAGGAACAAGUUAACACAAUUGCUGCUUUAGCUUUCAACACAUUUGGGACAUUGCAAAGAGAUGCUCCUCCAGUUCGUUUAUCCCCUAAUUAUCCCGAACCACCGUCUCAGGAGCCUACAGAGGAUAAUGCAACCAUCGCAGAGCAGCCCAAGCUUAUGAGUGCCGCUUUGGUGAAAGCUGCUAAGCAGUUUGAUGCAUUGGUUGCAGCAUUGCCUCUAUCUGAUGGAGGUGAAGAAGAGCAGUUGAAAAGGAUUGCAGAACUACAGGCUGAGAACGAUGUUGUAGGUCAAGAACUUCAAAAACAGCUACAAGCAGCAGAGAAAGAAUUAGUACAAGUUCAGGAGCUGUUCAGCCAAGUGGCAGAUAAUUGCUUGAACUUAAAGAAAGCAGAUUGAAAGAGUGGGGAAUUUUCCUAUGCUACCAAUGUAUGGAAAUUUUCCGUAUCUCCCCGUGCAUUUCUGCCGCAUGACUUUUUAUUUUUAUAUUACAUAUAUGUAGAAAUAUACGUGAAUCUACAGUUUAUGGAAUAAAAAUACUUUUAUCCAUUGUAUUAAUUUUUUUUUAUGACGGAUUGAUAUUUUCAUCAAUAUUUCUACGUUUUCAAAACGGUUUUGA